UCUGAUGCUGUAGGGUGCACGGGAUUAUUGAUACUUAUCCAGACAAUGACGUCCACAACUCAGCGUACACAGGGCUGCAGCCACUCUGAGGGCGAGUGUCGUCUGUGCCGGAGCAGAUGAAGCCCGAUGGGUUCCGGGGCGAGCCAGACAGGUGAAACAGUUACAGAUGUGCCGGCUGCAGUUCCAUCACCCACCGGGUCGUCGGACUCCAAUGACUCUCCGUCCAGCAUUCCUGUCAUCCUCAUCACCGCCCCGUCCAGAGAAGACAUCUUCGCCUCACGGUCCAACAUGACCAUCGCCGACGCCGUCAAAGAGAGGAGGCCUUCUUCUGCACCGUUUGUUGUGGGUCGGAAAUUCCUGACCAGGGAGUGAUGCUGCCGCUCACAACAGGCAAGAGAUCCCUCACUUUGCUCUUGCACCGGAGAGACAGGGUUUCACCAUGGAGGCGCCUGUCGAGGACGAACCUGAGCCCAUCAAGCUCAAAUCCAUCAAGAACAUAACGUUCACGGUGCCUCCGAGCGACAGAUUUGGAAGCUGUCGAAGUGUCCGAGAGUUUGAGAAGCUCAACCGCAUCGGAGAAGGAACCUACGGCAUCGUGUAUCGAGCUCGAGACACCAAGAGCGACGAGAUAGUUGCGCUGAAGAAGGUCCGCAUGGACAAAGAGAAAGAUGGGAUCCCCAUCAGCAGCCUGAGAGAAAUCACCUUACUGCUGAAGCUCAGACACCCCAACAUCGUGGAGCUGAAGGAGGUGGUGGUGGGCACCCAACUGGAGAGUCUGUUCCUGGUGAUGAGCUACUGUGAGCAAGACCUGGCCAGUCUGCUGGAGAACAUGCAGACGCCCUUCUCUGAAGCCCAGGUCAAGUGUAUCAUCAUCCAGCUGCUGCGAGGUCUUCAGUAUCUGCAUCACAACUUCAUCGUUCACAGAGACCUGAAGGUGUCAAAUCUUCUCAUGACAGACAAAGGUUGUGUCAAGAUCGCUGACUUUGGUUUGGCUCGGACGUACGGGAUCCCGCAGCAGCCCAUGACGCCCAGAGUGGUGACGCUGUGGUACAGAGCUCCUGAGCUGCUUCUGGGGUCCAAGACUCAGACGACAGCGCUGGACAUGUGGGCGGUGGGCUGCAUCCUGGCGGAGCUGCUGGCCCACAAACCUCUUCUGCCCGGAACCUCCGAGAUCCAGCAGGUGGACCUGAUCGUCCAGCUGCUGGGGACGCCCAACGAAAACAUCUGGCCGGGCUUCUCCCAGCUGCCUCUCAUCGGCCAGUACAGUCUGAGGAAACAGCCGUACAACAACCUGAAGAAUAAGUUCAUCUGGCUCUCUGAUGCUGGGCACAGACUGCUCAACCUGCUCUUCAUGUACAAUCCCCAGCGCAGAGCGUCGGCCAAAGAUUGCUUGGAGAGUUCUUACUUCAAAGAGAAACCACUGCCUUGUGAGCCGGAGCUGAUGCCGACGUUCCCGCACCAUCGUAACAAGCGAGCUGCUCACGUGUCCGAGAGUCGCUCCAAACGAAGCAAAGUGUGACGCGGCUGCGAGCGGAUCCACAGAUGUUUGGACGCCAUUGUCUACACCAGGAUUUGACCCAGCAGCCCCUUGAGGUUGAGAGAGCAGUUCCUCCUGUGACGGACCCAUUCCCUGAACUUUCACAUCAUAGACGCUACUGCGAGAGCCAACAGCCGUUUUUCCUGGCUCCAAUUUUAAGGACAGUACUGGCAGAGUGAGUACUGCAAUCCUGACCACUUGGGGGCGCUCUACCGGUGUCACCUGGCCCUCAACUGACUGCAUGUGUUGGAACCAACACACCUCUAGUUGGCAGACUGUUACAGGGUUGAAGCAGGGACCCACUCGCAGUUAAAUCAAUCCGGUUCUGAUGAGGAGUCAACAAGAGUCAGAGAUUCUGAAACUGAAAAUCAACACGCCUGACUGUACACGUGUGUGAGAAAAUGUGUCGAGUUAAAACACGCUCUCAGAUUUG